CUUAUAAUAAGCCUACCCUGUCCUGUCUUGCCUGUGCAGCAAAUCUGCUGGGCCAGAUCUGAUCUUUUCAUCCAUCAAGCUGUUGCUUACCGAUCCUGGACUAGCUGCCGCCAAAAACCCCAGAGCCAUCUCCGGCAAAUCUGCCUGCCGCGAGCGGGGUAGCUUCCGAUGGCAAGCCGCGGGGUACAUUCAGGUCAGGUACCUGCCCACAGGUGCUGGAGGUACAGCAAGGCAUGCUCCUGGAGGCGCAGAGCGACCCAUCCCAGUGUACAAGAGCACAGCAGAUCUCAGCAGACACUCACAUGCUUCGACACGUCCGACCUGGCCUCUGAAAGCUGGCAGCUACUCGACAGCAGUUGAAGGAAGCAGUCGUCACUUGGGUGACUAGAGUGAAGCACAAGCAAGAGCGACUCUCUCAGCUUGAUUCACUUGGCUCCUGGGGCGUCCACCUUGGCUGGGGUGCUUACUACCUGCUCCUCCUGCUGCCCAGAGUGCACACACAGUAGGUGCCAUCUCAGGGCCCACGAGCUAACUGUCUCCGCCUCGACCUUUCACAUCGUCGUCAAACUCUCCGACAGCCCCGACAGCUGCGCCUCUGCCGCCCUUGUCGUCAUUGUUGCUGGCACUGCUGUCCUUACCCGCCUCUGCAUCACUUGUCCGCUCUUUAUCAACAGCCAGGGGUCCAAGAGCAAUUCCAAAAAUCCCAGGGGCUCAAGUAGCAAUCAGCAGCAGCUUUUCCAGGACAUCCAUAGGCUUCAUGAGUCUCUCUCCAAAAUGGUGGAAAUUCGACAGACCAUAGAAGACGUCACCGCUGUCGCCCGGGGCGAGACCACCCGGGGCUGCCUCCGGUUGACAGACUACCACAUCAUCUUUACCGCCCCGCCACUCAAGACCGAAGCGGCUCGAGACGGCGCCAGAGAGCGGCCAAGAGAAUCAUGGGUCGCAUACCCCAUGAUUGCAGCCUGCGAGUACCGACCGGUCCCUCCGAAAUCCGGACGAGAUUCUACCAUGCGUCUUCGCUGUCGAGACUUCUACUUCGUCCUGUUCCAUUUUAAAGACCACCAGGCAGCUCAGGACGCCUUCAGCCUCAUAAAAGCUCGAACGUGUCGGCUCGGUAACAUAGAAAAUCUUCAUGCGUUCAACUACCAUGCGCCAAAGACGGAGCGCGUCAUAAAUGGCUGGCAAUUGUACGACGCCAAAGCCGAGUUCCGGCGGCAGGGCAUCGGCGGCAAGCUACAGGACAAAGGCUGGAGGGUCUCUGACUUGAACGCCGACUACAGCUUCUCUCCCACAUACCCCUCUGUUCUCGUCGUCCCCAACAGGAUCUCCGAUGCGACUCUGAAGUAUGCUGCUCCCCACCGCACUCGAGCCCGGGUGCCCACCCUCACAUAUCUGCACCCAAUCAACAACUGCUCCAUCACUCGGAGCUCCCAGCCCAGGGUCGGCAUCACCGGAAACCGUAACCGUCAGGACGAGGCGCUUGUCGAGGCCUGCUUCUCAAAUCCCUACAUCCAGGAGGCGCCGCCCUCCUUGAGCGCGAACACCAGUUCCUUGGGAAGCCAACCGGGUCUUACGGAGAGCGCUGACCACGGUCCUGCCGACUCGGUCUCCGCAGAGCCAGAGCUACUAUCCGCCGGUGACGCCUUUCACGACGACAAGGGAAAGAGGAUCAUCUUUGGCGCCCAGCAGCACAACCUGAUCAUUGAUGCUCGGCCUGCCAUCAACUCUAUGGCCAUGCAGGUCGUGGGCAAGGGCUCCGAGAACAUGGAUAAUUAUAGAUUUGCGACCAAGGCAUACCUGAACAUCCAGAACAUUCACGUCAUGAGGAACAGCCUGAACAAGGUCAUCAGCGCUCUCAAGGAUGGCGACAUAUCUAACGGGCCGCCCAACCAAGACUUGCUUGCCAAGAGUGACUGGCUGAAGCACAUCACGGGAAUACUAGACGGGUCAGCUCUGAUUGCCAGACAGGUUGGCAUCCAGCACUCGCAUGUCCUGAUCCACUGCUCCGACGGGUGGGACCGUACUAGCCAGCUGAGCGCCCUGUCACAGAUCAUGCUGGAUCCGUACUACCGCACAAUUACUGGUUUUAUCGUGCUCAUCGAAAAGGAUUGGCUGUCCUUUGGGCACAUGUUUCACCAACGUUCAGGGCCGUUGGGUCUUCCCAGCCAGUUUGUCUGUCUGGAUGAUGCAAUGGCCGGCACUAAAAUCGAACCUGGUGAUGCCGAUGGGCGUGCCGCUGUACUCGAAGAGGCGUCAGAGAAGAUCCAGGGCUUCUGGAAAAAGGUCAUUCACUCUGAAAAGGAGACGGAGGACUCGGAUCCUGACAACUUGGCAGCUGCUUCUGCUGCUGCUGCCAACGAGCGGGCGCCAACGCCAUUCAUCGAAGACCAGGCGACUCGGGAAAAGGAGAUCAGCCCCGUCUUUCACCAGUAUCUUGAUGCUGUGUAUCAGCUCCUCCGGCAAUUCCCCGACAGAUUUGAAUUCACCGAGCGUUUUCUCCGUCGUCUCUUCUACCACCUCCAUGCUUGCCAGUACGGUACUUUCUUGCUCAACAAUGAGAAGCAGAGAAUCGAUGCCAAACUCCAUGAGCGAACUUCGUCUGUCUGGGAUUACCUCCUCAGCCGACGGGAAACAUUCACAAAUCCUAGCUACGAUCCUGUAGUAGACGACAAUGUUCGGGGCAAGGAGCGACUGAUAUUUCCGCGCCUCAACGAGAUACGGUACUGGCAUCAGCUCUUCAACAGGACUGACCAGGAAAUGAAUGGCGCGCUGGAUGCGGCGGCGGCCACCACUGAUAAAGUUGCAAAGGCCGUUCAGUCUGCUACAGCCAGCCCUCUGCCUGGCCAUAGUGCCGCUAACAGCACUCCUGGGUCCCCCCGGGCGCCUGCAAGCCCUCGUGUCAGCAGCUCCGCUGCAGGUUCGUUUGGUCAGACUGUGCUCGCCGGCGUGGAAGUCCCUCAGACACAAAAUAACGCGGCGAGCACAGGCGGCAUCCUUGGCAGUCUCGCCAAAGGCAUGUCGGCCCUCGACAUCGGCGGCCCUAGUGGUUACGGCAAUGCAGCCGCCCCAGCAGGUGGGCAGGAGAUGACACAGAUGGGUCCGUCCGAGAAUGUAGCGCAGUAGGAUGGCGCGACUUCCGGUAGAUCCACUCCUGACAAUGUGGCCCGUGACAUUUCCCAAGGGGCUGCUGACCCGAUCGACGAGUUGGACAAUGCCUUUGAGCCAUCCGUGUGGAAAUGGUUGGGCGGGAGACGAGACAAGAAAGUGGCCCCGCCAGAGGAAGACGAUGGUGAGAUAAUAUAUCAUGAUGAAGCACGAGGAGUGUUUAGAUCGCCGAGACCGUCCAUCACAUUCGAAGACCUGCAAAACUUGCAAAAGAUGCGAGAGUAUGAGCUGAAGAGGCGCUCAGGCGGCGGUCCUAGCGGACAGCGUGCCCCGAGAGACACUGCCGUACGAGGUGGCUCGCUUGGGGGAUCUCGGUUGGGUGACCUGUGGCUGGCACAGGAACAAGAUCUAGGAGCGGAUCCAGGUCUCUAUGUGGGCAGCGCAGUUCUGGACGCAGAAGAAGCGUGCCAAGCAUGGGAAGAAGCUGCAAGGGAAAAGUGCGAGGAGGUGAUUGAAUGGCGGGACGAAUGUGUCUUCAUUGAAUCUGAGACAGAGGAUAUAACCUCUGGUGACUCGGGGUGUAUGCUCCGAUGACUCUGGGGGAAUUCAGCGACGAAUGGGUGGAAUCUGGAAGCAUGAGCGAUGAUCAUGUUGUUCACCCCAGCCACUUGUGGUGAUGGGAGACAAUGGACAUGGUUUGCGAUACCUUGCAUAGCACUUGGGCAGCAAGCAUUUGAAAAGGGUACAGCGAAAGGCGUGGUUCUUUUCGAGGCAUGGGCGUCAACAGGAUUGGGCUGGUUUGCAAUAGAGCAAGAGCAGUCAAUGCUCGCCACGGCGUUCUUGUGUGGGUACGAAUUGGGACUCUUUGGUGGGAAACAAUGGACUGCCCUGGUGCUGUUUUACUGUACUCAUGCUGUAAAUGAGAAAAGCAACUUCAAUGACCUACAA